AGUAACAGUGCCUUUAGCUGUGUGUAUAUAUAUACUCACGUAACCUGGAAAGCUUUGCUAGACAGAAGUUAAAACUACAUAUUUUAUGCGUACAUAGCACCAGGACGACAAAAUCCAUAUUUUAUUCAAAACAAAAGCGUCGUUGUCCGGUUGGUGGUAGCGUUUACUCUAAAACAACUAUAACGUUAACUAGCUAGCCACCUGUUGAUGCGAAGAGCAUCUGUUUACAUUUAGCGAGCGUAGCUAUGCUAGCUAGUUUGCUAUUCUCUGUUGUAGCCACAGAUGUUUAAAAUGUAGCGCUUAAUGUGUUGUCGGUUUCCUGUACCUUUCCAACGAGUCAAACAAGUUGGGAAUAUUGUUUGAGCACCUAAAAGCUAAACUCAGCAAGUCAAGAAUUUUUUGAUUAACUGGAGGUCGACAUGUACUCAUCAUUAGUCCAAUGUUUGAGAACGAGGAGAGUUUAAACCAAGAUGUGGUCAAUCUGAGGAAUCUGCUUCGACUGACGGACCACAACCUGCGAAGUGUCGGACAGAAACUGAGUCCAUUUUGCAGUCAUGCAGAGGGUCAUGAUGGUGAUUGUGAGCAGCAGAGUCCUCAUCGGCUGACCUUACGAGACCUGCAGACCCCUGAUGUUCCUCUGUCCCAGUCAGGCUGUGGCUGUGGGACUGCUGAGAGACGUGCCUUUGUUCGCAGUCUUAGCCCACCUUCCUCCAACUCUACGUCUGCUUCAGUCAAAAUUAGGUCAGUAGACAUGGAGACCAUUUCUUUGAGGAAGAAGUUGGGCUGUGCGCUGCGUCAGGAAAAUGCCUGCCUGGCCAUGCAGGAUGAGCAGCUCAUCAGUGACAUUGAUGCGAUGCAGUAUGAAUUGGCCACCUCAAAGUCUCAACUCCACCUCAGAGGCCCUAGGGUUGGGGUUAAAAACAAUGUGGCAGUCAUGAGUGAGCAGAUUCGUCAGCUUCAAGCAGAGCUGGAGGCUCAAGCAAAAGAACUAAAGGCAGUAGAGCUGAGGGCUGAGUGUAGCCAGGAAGCAGCAGCCCACAAUGACAUCGUGGUGGCGAGUGUCACUGAAGAGCUGAGUGCUCUGAGAGACGAACUGGAUAACAAGACAGCACUAGGAAAACGGGCUGAGCAACAAAGGAACCAAGCACUUGAAAAUGCAGAGAAACUCAAAGAAGCUUUCAAAGAUUACAAGGCCACAAUUUCCAUUAAACUUAGGAGGGUGAUGGAGAGUGAGAGCAAUCUAAAAGAGAGUCUCAUUGAGUGCGACAGAGAAAAAGAGGAGCUGGAGAUGAAGUGCACCGUGUUGCAGAGAGAAAAGGCAGAACAGAGCCGAACAGUCAGCCAGCUGAAGGAGGAGGUGAGGCAGGCCAAGUGUUCGGCUGCUGAGAGCUCAGACCUCCAGGCUCAGCUGGAGGAGGCCAGACAACGGGCCUCUCUUCUGGAACAGCAGCUUGUGGAGCGGGGGGCGGAGUGCAGGGAGCUGGCCUCUCUGCGCAGGGAGCUGGAAGACCUGCGGACUGUGACCCAGAGCCAGGAGCAGAAGGUGGCCCAGAGCCACAGAGAGGCUCAGCAGAGCCAAGCAGAGCUGUCCAGCCUGGAGAACAUACUGGCCCUGCUGCAUCUACAAGAGGGUGCUGUGUGGCCACUUUGUGCCAGGCCAUGCAUGCUGCCCCCAGUGGACUAUUCAGGAACUGCACACCUGCUGAAGCUAAAGCCAGGUGAAGGUUACCAGCAGCUGCUGCGGGUGCUGCAGUCGACAGAGGCUGAGCGGACUAAACAAAGCAGCGUAGUCGAGCGGCUUCAGGAGCGUCUGAGGAGAGCCCAGGAGGAGAUCUCUUCCCUGCAGAGCUCCAUGGCCCAAAGAGCCUCCCACUACCAAAGCCUCCACACAGAGCUGCUGGACAAAGUCAGCCAAGCCACUGACACAGAGAAAGAGUUGAAGAGAAAAAGCGCUCGUGUGUCUGCGCUGGAGAAACAGUUACAGGAGAAGACUUCAGCCUACAGUCAGGCUGCACUGAAAAACACUGAACUGGAGAAUCAGCUACUGGAGAAGACCAGCACUCUUCAACAUUAUCAGUCACUGAUGACCAAAAAGCAAAGAGAGUAUCAACAGUCUUUGGACAAGUGUAAAAAAUCACAGUCUCAACAAUGCAUGGAGCAACAACACAGAAUAGAAAUGUUGCAGUUGUCUGUAGAAGAGGCUCAGUCUCGGGUGUUAGAGAUGGAGCAGGAGCUGUGUUUACUCCAGAGGGCGCGAGACGAGGCUCAAAAAGCAGCUCUUGUGCUGCAGACCACCGUGGAGCAGCUGACACAAGAGAAGCAGGUUGAAGUCAGACACCAUGAAGAGUUGCUGCAGAGUUUCAAAGAGCAGGCAGCUCAGUCUGCCACCAAGGUGUGUGAGCUACAGUCGUCUCUGUCAGCGUGUAGAGAAGAACUGGCCUCAUACCUGCAGCAGAUGGAGGAGGUAAAGUCGAACUAUGAGAGUGAGCUGCAAAAGAGCAAUCACAAGGUGUCCUCGCUGCAGGAGAAGCUCCACAGCACCAGCUUGGUUUGUCAGAGCUCCAGUGAACAGAACAUGCAGCUGCAGCUUUCUCUCCAGCAGCAGCAGACCAUGCUGACUGAGAGCACCGCCCACAUCUCUGAACUGGAGGAGGGCCAGAGCCAGCUGCAGAGACAGGUGUCCAGUCUGGAGCAGCAGCUGGAACGAGCGAGGGCCUCUCUGCAGGACGAGGUCAGGAACAGAGAGCAGGAUGCCCAGGAGAGAGACAAGAACCUGCAGGAGAUGAACCAGCAGAACACCCAACUGUCCGAGUCUGUCACCCAUCUGACAUCAGAGAUGACAAAGUCUCGAGGGGAGCUGCACCGUCUGAGGAAGGAUGUCUCCGUCAGGACGUCUCAGAUCACCUGCAUGGAGGAGAGCCUGCAACACAUGAAGAACCAGCUCGACAGAAAGAGUGACAUGGUUGUGGAUCUGGAGGAGAAGCUCCAUCGCUGUGAGGCAGACAAGCUCAACUGUGUCCAGCGGGUGCAGAUGCUGGAGGGACAGCUGCAGGUGGUGCGGGAAGAGCUGGCUGAUACUCUAGAGCAGCUACAGAAACUCAAGGACAUUCUGCAGAGAACACAAACCAUCGCAGAUGAGCGGCAGGCCUCCGUGGAGAAACUGACUGUCCAACUUAGUGAGACCCAGAGGGAGCUGGAAGAGAGAACUCACGAGGUCUUAGACAUGGACAAUGCACUAAAGGAGAGACAAGGGGAGCUCCAACAGAGAGCACAGCUGCUUGGCCAGCUGGAUGUGGCGAUCAGAGAGCACAAACAGGAGAUGGAGAGGAAGGUGGAGUCUCUGCAGCAGAGCCUUGAAACCAGAGAGAGGGAGCUGAGAGACGCACAGAGGGAGCUCACAGACAGAAAUGUAAAGGAGUCACAGCAGCUCAAACAACAGCUGCGUGCGUGUCAGCAGAGACUUCAGACUGUGCUACAAGAGCUUGAAGAAACACAACAUCACUGCGAGGCUUUGACCAGAGAGAUUGACACCGCCAAGCUGCAGACCAAGGAGACGGAGGUCCGGCUGUGUGGUGUGGAGGAGGAGCUGGUGCUGAAGGAGGCACACUGGCUGCAGUCAGAGGCCAGGCUGAAGGGCAUGGUCACCUCUUUAGAGCAGGAGCUGGAGCUGGAGAAGGAGCAGCACAGCAGGGAGCUGGAGUCACUGCAGCAGACUCGAGGUCAGCUCCUCAAAGUCUCUGAGCAGAUCUCCUCCACCAUGCGCUCCUCCCAAGAGCAACUCACCACUAAGCUUCAGCAGAGCGAGGCCCAGCUCGAGCAAGCCAAAGCCCUGCUAGACCACACUAAGUCGGAGUUGGAUCGCACCCUCAACCAAGCCAAGCGCCUCCAAACACAGUUAGACCAGAGCCGGAGCCAGGUCCUCCAGAGUGAAACCCAGCUGGAGCAAAGCAGGAUUCUGUACGAGCAGACCAGAACCCAGAACAGUGACCUCCGUGCCCAGCUGGAGCAGCUCAGUGCCCAGUUAAAUCAAGCCAGAGUCCAGGCUGCCCAGCUCCAGACUCAGCUGCAGGCCUGUGAGAAGUCCAUGGAGACCUCCAAUGAGUCCAUGCUCAUCAAGGAGUCCGAGGUGACCCGUCUCCACGCCAGGAUCUCUAGUCUGGAGCGAGCUGCUGACCGCCAGAAUCUUUACAAUCACACUCUCUCUCUCCCAGCUCCCAAUAAGUUCACACACUCCCCACAGCGCUCCUCCUCUGCUCACUCACCUCCCUCCUCGCCCAAAAAGCCUCAAACAACCGUCCGCUCUCCCGCACACACUCACUCAAGUCGUCUCCAAUCCCCAACAUACACACAAGGUUGCUCAUCACCCCCCGCUCGCACAUACCUGCAGCCCGCCUCACUUCCUAACCUAUCUGGCAGCCACCAAACUCACGAUUAGCUGCAGAGCAGUAGCAUCAACUCAUCCCUGGACCUCCCUCUGAGCCUGAAGGCAACACUGAGGGAGGCUUUGAACAAGCAGCCCUGGGAGUCCUCCUCCUCCUCCUCUGUCUCCCCGUUCCCGCAUGAAGUGGACCGCAGCUGGCAGGGCCUCAGCGUCAUGGAGACCACACCGACCUCUGACCUCUCCUUCAAUCCCCUCACAUACAUGGUGGACAAACAAGAUGACGGAAACCCCAACAUGGAGGUUACCGUGAUACAGGAAGGAGACAACGGGCAGUUGAGUGAGUCAAGGAGGGAGUCGGUGUGCACUCUGGUGGGUGAGGAGGUGGAUAUGAGUUCGCUGACAGGUAUGCUGAGGUUUGUUAAUCAGACUUUAGCCAUGCAGGAGGACCGUUCAUUGUGGAGCUCCACUGGACUAUCGCAGAGCGCAGCAGAGCAGCCUCGCACUCCAGAGGGACAUCAAUGACACAUGACGCUGUGCUGCCAAGGAGAUGUCAGAGAGGAGAACAGCUGUUUACAAUGUAAACAAAAAGUCUGUCCUCAUGGUGUGUGUUAUUAAAGCUGCGAUAUUGUCUGUGAGGGAGAAGAUAAAUGAUCUGUCCAGUUUAGAUGACCACUACUGCUCCAGCCUGUAAAUUAUCUACUGUGAUGAUGUUUCAUAUAUUUUGUAGCAUUUGCAUUUCAUGCUGUAUCUUUUCCCUAAACAAUAUUUAUAUAUUUUUACACUAUUCUAAAUAAGCUAAAUGAAUAAAAUGUUUUUUUUAAUGUAA